AUGGCUUCCUCCUUCUCUCCAGACUACAUCAUCAUCGGCGGCGGCACUUCCGGCCUCGUUGCCGCCAACCGCUUGUCCGAAAAUCCUGAUGUUAAAGUCUUGGUGCUCGAGGCCGGGAAGGACCUUUCUGCCGAUCCUAGGGUCAACUACAAAUCCGUACCUCAAUCCGCCCUAGGAGGCCGAUCUAUUCGAUAUCCUCAGGGUAAGGCCCUCGACUGGGCCAACUUAGUCCCUUCGUACAAGAAGUCAUAUACGCUUAUACCCCCGCCAGAUCAAGCUAUGCUAGUCCAUCUUGGAAUCGAUUGGAUUCAUGACGAUUAUCGUGGCACUUCGGGCCCUAUUAAAGUGUCCUUCCCAGGCAUCAUCCAGAAUCCUCUAUGUAAAGCAUGGAUAAAGCUAGUAAUACUGGUAAAUCCGUUCUCGGGUAAUUCAAUUGGAGGUUACAGCAACACGGCAACAGUCGAUCCGGAAACAAAAACUCGGAGCUACGCUAAUUCAGCCUACGGUAUUCCCAUUGCUCAAAGACCCAACGUACAGGUUAUCUCGGAGGCCAAGGUCCAGAGAAUCUCACUAACCGAUACGGGUGCCGGUACCGUCAAAGCUACAGGCGUACAAGUUUUGGUUGACGGUAAGGCUCAAACGUUCGCUUCCACGAAAGAAGUUAUACUCGUAGCCGGUGUUUUCAAUAUUACACCAAAGCUCCUCGAACUCUCGGGAAUCGGCGGUAAGAAGUUACUGGACCGUCACGGAAUUUCGGUUCAUGUGGAUCUUCCCGGGGUCGGUGAGAAUCUUCAGGAUCAUCUUAUGACGGGAUUGAGCUACGAGGUAGUCGAUGGCAUCAUGACCGGGGACCCGCUCAUGCGGCAGGAACCGGAGGCACUCGCUCAGGCCCAGAAGCUCUAUGCCGAGCACAAAACCGGACCCUUCACCAUCGGCGGCAUGCAGUCUCACGCCUACAUGCCUACCCCCAACAUCACUGAGCUGCUCGACAAGUUUCCCCGUGCCCAGGCAGCUAAGGAAGAGGAGUAUUACGACACAGUCCGUUCUAUUCUCGAGAGUUCAGAGAGUAGCUCCAUGGCGUGGCUCAUGUUUCUAUCCCAGACAAACUUGCACGAGGGCGGCAAGAGCUUUGUCGGCACACAACUGCUCCCUGAGAAUUUUGCCAGCUUGGGAUGCACUCAGUCGCACCCCUUUUCCCGUGGCGCGACCCAUAUAUCAUCCCCAGAUAUUGACGCUAUUCCCAACAUUGACCCACAGUACUUCUCGCAUCCCGCUGACUUAGAAAUCAUGGCACACCACAUUCAGGCACUCGACACGCAACUACGCCCCUCGAAGGCACUAGCACCCUUCUUCAAGCCCGACGGGAAGCGCAAUCACCCAGAUGCAUUCCACGUCGGGGAUUUGGGCGGAGCUAAGAAGUACGUUCUCGACACAGUCACUACGGCGUACCAUGCUUGCGGCUCGGCAGCCAUGUUACCAAGGGGAAAGGGAGGAGUAGUAGAUCCAAAUCUUAUCGUGUACGGAACGGAGAAUAUCCGCAUCGUUGAUGCCAGUAUCUUCCCACUUAUCCCCCGCGGCAACAUCUUGUCUUCAGUGUAUGCUGUUGCCGAGAAGGCGGCUGAUAUUAUUAAGGGUCAUUGAUGGAAAACACGUGUACUAGUCCUUGCGAACGAUAGUUACAUCCAUAGCGCAUGAAUAGGUGGUAAAUAGGUGGUAAAUAUACUAAAAGCCAUCACCAUGAAGAGCUUAAUCCCA